UUUGGUAAAUUUAUUCUCUCAUCACAUCAAAGUCGAACAUUUUUUGUUAUUUAUUUUAUUCUCGUUCAUAUUCUUAUCUUUCUUUCUCUUUAUAAAAUGGUUCAUGUUGGUUCAUCUGUACGUGAUAUGUCACAAGUUUGUUUUGAUAAAUUUCGAGAACAUAUGGCAGGUGUACAUGGAGAAAAGAAUUUUCAUUUUGAACAUGGUCAUGCUCAUGCUCAUGCUCCACCAGGUGGCGUUCCAGCUGCAGCACCACCACCUCAUCGAUAG